CUGGAUAAACACCCCCAUGGAGUCUGAAAUCCAAAGUCCAGACGUACAAAGGCUGGAGUCUUGUGCAAGGUGUGAACGCUGGAGUUAAUGAGUGCCAAGUCCAGGUGCUGUACACAAGUGGAGUUGUUUUGAUGUUGAAGAUGCGGAGAUGAUGGUGGAUCCAGGGGCAGACCGUGACAUUGGGCAGGCAGCCCUUGAGUGUCGAGGAGUCACUCUCUCCUACGCGAAGCUGAAAGUACUCGAUAACCUUAACCUGACCCUGCCACAGGGUCAGAUAUACGGGCUGCUAGGUCCCAGCGGUUGUGGCAAAACAACCUUUCUCCGGUGUGCUUUGGGAAGAUUAAACAUCUCAAAGGGGAACAUUACAAUCCUGGGGAAGCGUCCAGCAUUCCCGGGUCACCAGGUACCAGGCAGGAUGGUGGGAUACAUGCCUCAGGAAUUAGCCUUAUACAAUGAGUUUACUAUUCAGGACACGUUUUGGUUUUUUGGUCGAAUCCAUGGACUGAGCAGCAACGACAUUGAAUCACGUCUCUCAUUCCUAGUGAACUUUCUCGAUCUUCCUGAAAAGAAGAAACUUGUCAAACAUCUCAGCGGAGGACAGAAACGGCGUGUAUCUCUCGGAGCUGCCCUCCUCCAGGAACCUCAGCUUCUCUUGUUGGAUGAGCCAACUGUUGGAGUGGAUCCUGUUUUACGAGCCAGGAUAUGGCAACAUCUGCUGGAUGUGGUGAAGGAUCGAAAGGUAUCAGUGAUCAUAACAACUCAUUACAUCGAGGAAGCAAGUCAGGCUCAUGUGGUCGGGUUAAUGAGGAACGGUCAGCUGCUGGCAGAGGCUCCACCGGAUUAUUUAAUAAGAUUCCACAAUGUAGCAACUUUGGAGAGUGUGUUCCUAAAGUUGUGUAGAUCCUCAGAUCAAUCAUCUGUGCAGGUCUCUGCUCCCGCCUGGCACAGGACCCAGAGCCUGCGAGGGGACAGUGAGGAGGAAACUAGUGCCCUGCUCCCACAGCCAGUUGUCCCCAAGCUCUCAGUGAGCUGCCGGCAGUGGGUGAAAAGCCUGGUUCCUAAAUGGAGGAAUAUCAAGGCUUUAAUCAUUAAAAGCUUCACCAGAAUCCGGAGGAUGCCUGGGUUUCUUGCUUUCCAGUUCCUGCUGCCAGUCGUACAGAUCUCCCUGAUCUGUCUCUGCAUUGGACACACUCCUGAGAAGCUGCCUGUUGCUGUGGUGAACAAUGAUACAGGACGACCCUCCCUGAGCCAGACCUUCCUGCUGCAGUUCGACAACGAAACAAUUGUCCAGAUUAGUGUGAACCAGCUAGAGGCCAUUCAGGGAAUAAUGGAUGGGAAAUACAGGGCUGCUCUCGGCUUCGGAACAAACUUCACUCAAGACUUUCUUUUAAGGGCAACUGAGAAGGUAGUGGAUGAAAGAAUAAUUGACGGGGGUUCAGUCCAUGUCUGGUUAGAUAUGACCAACCAAGAAAUUGCAUUCACGAUCAAACUCAAGCUGCAAGAAGCUUUUGAGGGGUUUGUUAAGGUGGUCCUGGGAAAGGCUUCAUAUCUGUUCUCUUCUCCAGUGAAGUUUGAAGAGCCAAUCUGUGGGAAUAAACAUCCUGAUUUUACAACAUUUAUAGUUCCUGGGACGAUCUUAAGCAUCACUUUUUUCUUGGCUCUGGGUUUGACUGCUCUCUCGUUUGUGAUCGAAAAGAGGGAGGGUUUACUGGACAGGAGCUGGGCUGCAGGUGUGAGUUCCCUGGAACUGAUACUGGCUCACACUUUGUCCCAUCUCCUAACGAUGAUUAUUCAGAUAACAUUGUUACUCAUCUUUACAUUCCUGGUUUUCAAGAUUCCCAAUGAAGGUUCCUUGCUUGUGAUCGUAAUCCUAAUCUUAAUGCAGGGCAUCACUGGAAUGGCCAUGGGGCUCAUCAUCUCAGCUUCCUUCGAUGAUGAGCAGUCAGCGGCCCAGGUUUCACUGGGGAUCUUCUAUCCGUGUAUAGUUCUGAGCGGAAUCAUUUGGCCCCUUGAAAGUAUCCCAUACCCCCUGAGGUAUGUGAGUUUAAUCUUGCCACAAACAUACGCAUCAGAAGCACUCCGAGGUGUGACUGAUCGAGGAUGGCACUUCUCUCACUGGCUGGUGUGGAGCAGCUUUCUCAUUACUCUGGCUAGCAGUGCAUUCUGCCUUUUCUUGGCGACGGUGAUAAUGAAAAUAAGAAAAUAGUGACGGAACAACACAGAGCAGUGAGCAGCUCUGACCUAGAAAGGCCAUCUCCUGAACAAGGAGGGCUGUGAACAUUUGUUGAACUGAAUUCGAGUGAGAUUGUAAAUGUGAAAAUGAAGGUUGGUCCCGCUGCUUUUAACACUUUCCCUUGAUUUUGUUAA